CACUAGCUCCUUUGAGAUUUAGCUAUAACAAGCUUACUGUUGAAGAUAUACGUCAAUCGCUGGUACUAGGAACUCGGAAACCAGAUUUUGUAUUUAUUCAAAAAAAUACAAAUGUAGAUUACUUGAAUAUUAUGGCUAUCGGUGAGGUAAAGAAACGAACUGGUGACAACUUUAGCAACGCGCAAAUAGGACAAGCAAUAUCAUACGGUGAAAAACUACUCCAACUUCAGCCACGACGAAGUUCUGUUUUAGUACAUGACUACUAG